UGAACAUUCCAGCGCUACAUGCAUAAUUUAUUAGGGCCGAACGACGAUAGAGCUGCGCUGCAGCUAUGGCGGCGCCGUUAGCACACUUCGAUGAUGAGUGGCAGGAUUUUAACGAAUUUAAAACGGUGUCCGGAAAGGAUCAUCGGCUAGACAGGGUUAAUCUGAACGUGCAGGAUGUCACGGGACUCUUAGAAGAUUUCCCGGAGCUUGAUAACGGUUUCUCCGGGGAAAUCGGUAGUUUUAAAUCGAUGGAGGACCUGGUGAACGAUUUCGACGAGAAGUUGACAGUGUGUUUCCAAAAUUACAAUACCAAGACGGAAAAUAUAGCACCCGUGAGGCCAAUCACCGAGGAAACUAUCCUGAAAAAUGACGAGAUCUGGAAUGCUCUGACGGACAACUACGGGAACAUCAUGCCCGUGGACUGGACGCAGUCUCGGACCCGUUCUCUCCAUCUUCCCACACUCAACCUGGAUGAAGAAUCUAGAGUGGAUAACGUGAACCUUGACCUGUCAGACGAUGAGGAGCUGAGAGAGCAGAUGGACAUGCACUCCAUCAUCGUCUCCUGCAUCCAUGAUGAGCCACUGUUCACUGCAGAACAGGUUAUUGAGGAGAUAGAGGAGAUGAUGCAGGAUUCUCUAGACCUGGAUGCUGAGCAGCACCCGUCUCAGUCUGACCUGUCUCUGCUCUCUCUGGAAUUACACAGAUCCAGCACCAGCCACAGCUAUGAGGAACGAGUGCGAACGCUGUCCCUGUCAGAGCUGACCGAGCUGCUGGAGGAGGUGGAGACAGCCAUCCGGCGCUACUCAGAGGAGCUGGUCCUGCAGCUGGCGCUGCGCGACGAGCUGGACUUUGAGAAGGAGGUGAAGAACAGCUUCAUCUCGGUGCUCAUCGACGUGCAGAACCGGCAGAAGGAACACCGCGAGCUCCUGAGGAAGAAGAAGAAGCUAAAGGCCAGCGGAGGAGGCGUUGCGACACCGCCAGGCCGCGCUGACCGGACACUCGGACCGGGAACACGCUUCAGCAUGGAGGGCAUCUCUACUGCCAUUCAAAAUGGUUUCCGACAAACUUUUGGGACUGGGGGCGGGGAUAAACAGUAUCUGACCACCGUGAUACCUUAUGAGAGAAAAGGAGGCCCCCCAUCAGUAGAAGACCUUCAGAUUCUCACGAAAAUUCUUCAGGCCAUGAGGGAUGAUAGCGAUAAAGUGCCAAGUCUUCUAACAGACUACAUCCUCAAAGCUUUGGUGUGAGCAGACGGACAGAGAGUGCUCUGCCCCACAUAGAAGCAGACGCAUUCUCACCAGUUCAUCACAACGACACACUCUGGAUUCAAAAAUGGCAGGAAGGGGGUUUUUUUGUCACUGUGAAUUUUGUAACAUACAAACAUUCUUUAUUUAUAUAUGCAUGAGAUUUUGCCUUUCCUUAAGGGCUUAUUGUGUUUUUAUUUUUGUUUGUCUUUUGCAUGUUUACUACAGUGUACAUACUGUACAGACUUCAAAAUGUCGUUGUGGGUUGGAAUUUUCAGCUUUUCAUUUUGCACUAAGCAUCCAUAAUAUUAAUGCCCAUAGCAUUUGGGCAUUUACAACACGAGUCAAGGCUUUUAGAUCAUAGUCUCACAGUAUCCCACAGUACAAUGCAUGUAUGUUUGCAAACAACUAAGUACAACUUUGGGUAUAUUGUGGGUGAGAACAAUAAUGUCAAGAGGAGUAUGAAUGAGUUUGAGGAGUUAGAACUAGUUGUGAUGGGCUAAAAAUGUGGCCAUUGAUUGAAACAGGAAAGUGCAUCGGCAGUUGUGUUUAGAUUGAGGCUUACGCACGUCAGUGACAGACAUCAGUCAUGGUCCAACACCAAAGUUUUAACUGGUUGUUUUUGGAAGCUUAACAUAGUGUCCUACUAUAUGGCCACGUGAGGCUGUGUUAGCCUUGCUGCAGGUAUUUAGAAGACAGUCAUGUUACUUAGUGAUUGUAUGCAUUAGUCCAAACUGUAAUGAUUGUUUUGUAUACCUCAGAGAGAUACAGGCAGCAUUCGCCAUCAUUUUAUGGUAUGAUAAAUAUAAUUUCAAACUCUUUGAGGAUCUUCAGUGAAGAGUUCAUGUCUGCUGUUACAAGACCAGCCUUUAUGUGGCAUAGGAACCAUACAGUUUGAUUUAUUUGAAGUUGUAUUUUAUUGAUUGCAUUUUCCUGAUGAUCCUACUGCAGGUGUGGAAAUCAUUCAAUUAACUACUAUGUGAAAACAUGUUAUAAAAAUGUAAUAUAUAUUUCAUUAACAAAAUAUGGAUUGUAAAAUUCAGACUUAGCACUGUAAAAAAUGUAUUAUAAGAUAUUCUCACAGAAGUGGCUUGCAACCGCUGUUAUGUGUAGACUAUAGGAAGAAUGUAGAGGGUUGAAACCGAAGUAGCUCAGUGUAGAAUAGAUAUGAUUCUGAUCCGACCAUCUGAAUCAGAGCAUAGAAUCAGAACUGAUCCGAAUCCUUUCCUAUCAGUUGCUGUGCGGAGUAGGCCUUUACGCACUGAGUCUGUAUAUUUUAAUAGGACCUCACCUUAUAACAAUCAUGUUUGCAAACAGACUGCAAAACUUUCCGGAACAGGUCACAUUUCCUGCAUUUUUUGCAUCUGUAUAAUGUCAGUGAAGGAAGUUACCUACUGCAAUAUUAUGUAUUUGAUAGAACGGGGAAAAAACACCUGCAAAAUUACGGAUUUCUUUGUGCAAAUAAGGCCGUGAUACUGAACAGGUUUAUUUUUAGAUGCUGUAUUACCAUCCCACAGUCUGAACAUCAGGCAGUCUAAAUCAGAUCCCAUGGUUCUUCAUAUGGUCUAGGUCUUCGGGGUGUUGCAGUUCCAAUCCUAAGGAUUGAAUGUUGAUUUGGUAGUAUGAUAAAGGUUAAAUUAAAUCAUUAAUUACCCUACAUACAGAAACAUACCCGGUCCUUCGUCUUUACAGAGGGCAGCUGGGACAUUAGGGAAUGCUUACGGGAAUGUACAGAAUAUGUGUAUAUAGGAUGCAUAUGUAUAUGCUCACUUGAUGUGCAUCGUCCCUUUUGUGUGUCUCACACCGCAGAUUGCGAACUGAGAUUAAAUCAUGUUGUGGUUAAAUAACUAAGCCACCAAAACCUGUCAAAAUAUGCAGUAUCAGGCCGAGAGAUUACGAUCUUCUGAAAGUGAUUAUCUUUGUGACACUGAAGCUAAACUAGCUCAAUAUUCUGGUAGCAAUAACAAACAAAAGAGGCUCCAAGGGAAACAAUAACUACCUGAACCCUCCUUAGCUGCGUUAUCAGUUGGGGACAUUUUGGACUAACCUGACUCUCGCCAGAUGAAUUUCUUUCCGCUUAGCUCCGCCUAGCUUCACUCACAUCCAUCUGGGACCUCUUCCAUUGAGAGUGAUUUCUGCGCCCGAUUUUAUGGUACAGCCAAUCAGGGCCUUAGGCGGGAGUUCAUAAAAGUGACAUAAGCGUGAAGCGACUGUUAUCAGCGUCCGGGGUUGGCCGAUGUGAGUGGUUGAAGUAGCACGUCAACAGAUGACGGACAAGUGGCUUAUUCAAUCAUAUGCAAGCAUUUUUUGAUUAGGCCCAGCCUUCUGAAGCAACACUCCAAUGGAUUGGUCCCAGAUGGAUGAGUGGAGCUAGGCGGAACGAAAUUCAUCUGGCGAGAGUCAGGUUAAUUUUAGACAGGCUCGAGGAAUAAACCAGUACAGAACCGUCCAGAAACUUGGAGGGAGGGAUGGACUUCUACUGUGUCCGAGCCCGUCAACACUGAGCAAGAAAUGCUAAAACUACUUACUGCAGCUUUAACUGUAUCUCAGUAACGGUAAUUGGAUGAGGUGAUGGUCUGGGUAGUGUUGCAUAGGAAAAAAGUGUCGCUGCAUAAUUACCAUAGUUCUUGCUAGAGAGACUAUCAUUUUGAGCACACUCUCUUUUUGGUGGUGAUUGCUCAACGACACUUUCAGGAAACACCUGACUGACGUCCUGACUGGGUCAAAUCAGCUGAGUCAGGGCUCUGUAUCAGUAAUGGAGGGCCAGUUUCCAGUACAUGGGAUUAAUACAUGGGCCUAGUCCUAAAUCUUUUCACUGAAGUUUUCCUUUAAUUUAAGACGAGUCUUGAUCCAUGUAUGGGAAACUACCCUCAUAGUUAGGUUAGAUACAGACAGUUUGACAGCAUUAUCUCAGGCAUGUGGUGCACUUAUGUCUUUCGGUGUCAUUUUUAUUUAUAUUUUUAUUUGACAGUGUCAAACCUGUCGUCUCCCUGUUUCCUUAAUAUCUUUGUUUACACUGUUAUUUUAAGGUUUAUGUACUUGAUAAACAGUUUGAACUUUUUGUUGCAUUUUCAGUGUAAAACCAAAAUAUUAUUUCAACUGAAUUGCAAUUAAAACUAUUUCUCUGA